AUGUCUUCUAAACGUAUUGCCAAGGAACUAAGUGAUCUAGGUAGAGAUCCACCAACCUCAUGUUCUGCUGGUCCAGUUGGUGACGAUCUGUACCACUGGCAAGCCUCUAUAAUGGGUCCUCCAGACUCCCCAUACGCCGGUGGUGUUUUCUUCCUGUCUAUCCACUUCCCUACAGACUACCCUUUUAAGCCUCCUAAGAUCUCCUUCACAACUAAGAUCUACCACCCAAAUAUCAACGCUAACGGUAACAUCUGUCUGGAUAUCCUGAAGGACCAGUGGUCUCCAGCUCUAACACUUUCUAAGGUCCUGCUUUCCAUCUGCUCCUUGCUGACAGACGCCAACCCAGACGAUCCUUUGGUUCCAGAGAUCGCCCACAUCUACAAGACUGAUAGAGCUAAGUACGAGGCUACCGCCAGAGAGUGGACUAAGAAGUACGCUGUAUGA